AUGAGCUACGGAGCCGACCUCUACUCCUCCUCCUCCUACCGGAAGAUCUUCGGGGACUCUCCCCGUUACUCCUCCUCUCCAUCGAGGAUGAGCGGCCAUGCGUCCGCCGGUAACCGCAGCAGCGGGGGUUACCGGUCCCAGUCCGCCUCCCGCAGCGGCGGGUCCAGCUUGGGUGGUGCUUACACCAAGCGCUCCGGGAGCCGCAACUACUCCUCCAUGCAGGUCGACCACGGCGGCUUCGACCUGACGCAGAGCACCGUGCUCAACAACGAGUUCAAGAUCAUCCGCACCAACGAGAAGGAGCAGAUGCAGGGACUGAACGACCGCUUCGCCAUGUUCAUCGACAAGGUGCGCACCCUGGAGCAGCAGAACCGGGUUCUGGAGGCCGAGCUGGGGGCUCUGAGGGGCCGGCAGACGGAGCCGUCGCGCCUGGCGGAGCUGUACCAGCAGGAGAUCCGGGAGCUGCGCUCCCAGCUGGAGGAGGUGAACGCGGAGAAGAGCCAGACGCUGAUCGAGAGGGAUAGCAUCGAGGAGGAGCUGAUGAAGCUCCGGGGGAAGUAUGAGGAGGAGUUCCGCAUGAGGGAGGAGGCGGAGGCCACGCUGAAGGCCUUCAAGAAGGACGUGGACGAUGCGACCAUGGUGCGCCUCGACCUGGAAAAGAAGGUGGAGUCGCUCCUGGACGAGAUCAACUUCUUGAGGAAGGUGCACGAGGAAGAGGUGGCGGAGCUGAUGGAUCUCCUCCAGGCGGCGCAGGUGUCCGUGGAGAUGGAGGAGGUGUCCAAGGUUCCCGACCUGACGUCGGCGCUGAAGGAGAUCCGAGGACAGUACGAGUCCAUGGCCUCCAAGAACCUGCAGUCCGCGGAGGAGUGGUACAAGUCCAAGUUCACCGACCUGUCGGAGCAGGCGGGCCGCAGCCAGGAGACCAUCCGGGCCAGCCGCGAGGAGCUCAACGAGUACCGGAGACAGAUGCAGUCCAAGACGAUCGAGAUCGAGAGCCUGCGGGGAACCAACGAGUCCCUGGACCGCCAGCUGCGGGAGAUGGAGGACCGGCACAACGCGGAGAUCGCGAACUACCAGGAUGGCAUGGCUCAGCUGGAGAACGACCUGAGGAACACGAAGGGCGAGAUGGCUCGUCACCUCAGGGAGUACCAGGACCUCCUGAACGUCAAGAUGGCCCUGGAUAUCGAGAUCGCAGCCUACAGGAAGCUGCUGGAGGGCGAGGAGACCCGCCUGACCUCGGGGGUCAGCUACUCCACCCCCAGCCUGGGGGGCGGCGGCCAGAGCUACGGCUUCACCUCCCGCAUGUACCACGGCGCGGGCGGGGGGGAGAAGGGCCUCUCCGACAGCCUGGGGGGCGGCGGCCAGAGCAAGGCCGGGGGGGGCAAGGCCCUCCAGCACGAGGUCUACGAGGAGACGGUGGUCUCCACCAAGAAGGUGGAGAAGCAGCAGGACUCCAGCAACGACGUGCCCCCCAACACCAAGAACUAG